CGGUGUGCGUUGGUAGUGGCGCGGCAUCUUAAAAACAAAAGGUUCUUCCGGUCAACGGAAUCGGACUGCAAUUUUUACCCAACUCGUUUUUCUGAAUGAAAGUGAAUCAAAGCGCGGUUAAAUCCGCGACGUCAGUGCGAUUGUCACGGCCUCCGCGAUCCGACCCCUUUCGUUUUAAGGUUAUUGAUUUUGUUCCUAACCUCCAAAUCUCCCAGUGAAUCACCCCGCCGAGGCAACCCUAGCGGUCGUGUGUUUUGUUUUUCGGUUGUGUUUAAAUUAAAAGUUGACGAGCGAAUUUCGCCAGGAUUUCGAAUAAAAUCGCGAAAAUUUAUCUCGCGAUAACGCACGCACUCUCUGAUCGAACGUUUGCGCCGGUAUUUUGUUUUUAUUCCGAAUUUAAGCCGUCUUAAUUUACAAGUGUGACGAUUCGACAGUUAGUGUUGGACGGUGGUUCUUUUUUUGUCGAAAAAUGAGGGCGGGUUGAUUUGAAAAAUGGAUUUUGAUAAGGACCCGACCCUACAAGAAUGGACCAGGGAACAACCGCUGUCAGUGCUGGCGUUGGAUAGUGCCGAUAGGGCCGUUCUUCGUAUAGCAGACGAAAGGGACGCCGUCCAGAAGAAAACCUUUACGAAAUGGGUCAACAAGCACUUGAAAAAGCAUUGGAGAUAUCUGAAGACUUACACGUGCCUUCAUGUUUGUGUCAUAGUCAACAACAGUCUCUGUUGCCCGCCAGCAAGAAGGAGUAUUCGAGACUUGUUCGAAGAUUUGCGAGAUGGCCACAACCUGAUCUCCCUCCUGGAAGUUUUAACUGGCGAACAACUUCCGAGGGAGAGAGGGCAAAUGCGCUUCCACAUGCUGCACAACAUCGAUACCGCCUUACAUUUUCUACGUUGCAAAAACGUAAAACUGGUCAACAUCCGGUCGGAGGAUAUCGUCGACGGUAACCCAAAACUGACGCUCGGAUUGAUUUGGACCAUCAUUCUGCACUUCCAGAUAUCCGACAUCGUGGUCGGACAAGAACCCAACGUUUCCGCCAAGGAUUACCUGCUGCGCUGGGCGAAACGCACCACCCACAAGUAUCCCGGCGUUCACGUGCAGGACUUUACAAAGUCUUGGCGCGACGGCCUCGCUUUCAGCUCCAUCAUCCACCGAAAUCGACCGGAUCUUGUCGAUUGGGGACGGGUGCGGUCCCAGAGGCCGAGGGAACGUAUGGAAACUGCGUUCUUCAUCGCCGAGAGGGAAUACGGCGUUACCAGGCUUUUGGACCCCGAAGAUGUCGACACUCACGAACCCGAUGAGAAGUCGCUCAUCACUUACAUUUCGUCGUUGCACGAGGUAUUCCCCGAACCACCACCCAUCCACCCUCUCUACGACUCGGUAGCCCAGCAACGCGUGCAAGAAUACCGAGAAAUCGCUUCCAGUCUGCAUAUGUGGAUUCGAGAGAAAUACAGUCUCAUGCAGGAUCGCAACUUCCCGCCAACUCUAAUCGAAAUGAAAAAAUUAGCAGCGGAAUCGUCCAGAUUCCGAACCGACGAGAUCCCGCCCAGGCAGAGAGACAAACAAUACUGCGCGCAGCUAUUCAGGGAUCUUGAAAAAUACUUCAAGAGUGUCGGAGAGGUUGACGUAGAACCCGAACUGCAUAUCGAUAACAUCGAACGAAAUUGGCAACGUCUGAUGAACGCUUACCAGGACCGCGAUAGACAUAUAAUCGAAGAAAUUAAGAGGUUAGAAAAGUUGCAGAGGUUAGCCGAAAAAGUGCACAGGGAAAUAAAACAAACCGACUCGCACCUGGACUCGAUCGAACGAACGAUAGACAGUGAGUCGAGACGAAUCGAACGUCUUCAUCCGUUGGAGGCAAAAAAAGUCGCCGAUCAGAUCGAUAACGAAUUGAACGUCGCGGAACAAUCGAUAAGGUCCCUUAAAUCGGACGUAAACACUUUGAGGAACGGGCGAUACCCCCAGGCUGGCGAGCUGGACAAAAGGGUAGACAAGCUGCACGAGAAGUGGGUACGUCUGCGACAUACGUUGCACAAUAAGAUCAUCGGACCGCUGGCGAACAUGAGCUUCCCCGUGGAAGAACGAACCGUGACGAAACACAUUCGAACGGUGCAAGAAACCAGAAACGUAGACACCAAUCCCCACUUUAGAUCCUUGCAGGAGCAUAUCGAGUGGUGCAAAAACAAACUGAAACAAUUGAAGAAGGCUGAUUACGGAACGGAUUUGUCCUCCAUUCAGCAAGAACGCGACUUUCAUUUACGGGAGCACAAAACCAUCGACCAGUACCAUUCCAAGGUCGAAGCUUGCGUCAAGGCCAGGCAGUACUUUAGCGGCGAGGAGUUGACGCUGUACAAUCAGCAUCUCGGCCAGUUGCAGAAAGUUUACGCGGAUCUGUUGUCGUUCAGUACCAACCGCAUGACCGAUUUGGACACCUUGUUAGAUUUUAUACAGUCGGCGACGAAAGAACUGCAGUGGUUGAACGAGAAGGAGGAAAUCGAAGUUACCAGAGAUUGGAGCGACGCGAAACUCGACACUAAGGGUGUGGAAAAAUAUUUUGAGACACAUUAUGGAAAUGGUGGCGAGAACCUCAUGAGCGAACUGGAAAAACGCGAAAUUCAAUUCAAUUCGGUGCUGGAACGAGGCGAAAGUCUCCUCCUUCAGAAUCAUCCGGCGUCGAAAGCGAUCGAAGCCCACAUAACGGCCAUGAAUACGCAAUGGUCGUGGCUCCUUCAGCUCACCCAUUGUCUCGAAACGCAUCUGCAGAACACCAGAAACUACCAGCAGUUCUUCAAGGACGUUCAGGCGGCGGAGGAAUGGUUGAAAGAGAAGGACGAUACGAUGAACAGCGAGUUUAGCCAAGGAGACUUCAGCCUGGACGUGGGGGAACGCCUGCUGCAGGGCAUGCAAGCGCUUAGGGACGAAUUGAACGCGUUCGGCGAUCAGGUCCAAGCUUUGGCGACGAGGGCGCAGAACAUCGUGCCUUUGAAGCAGAGGAGGCAACCGUUGACAAGGCCGCUCACCGUUACCGCUCUGUGCAGUUACAGGCAAAAUAAUUUUGUAAUCGAAAGAAACAAAGAGUGCACCUUGACCGACAACUCUGGCCGCAUCAAGUGGCGCGUCCACAACGACAAGGGCGUCGAAUGCCAAGUCCCCGGCGUCUGUUUCGUCAUACCGCCGCCAGACAAGGACGCCCUAGAUGCCGCCGACCGUCUGAGACGCCAAUACGACAGGUCGAUCGCGUUGUGGCAGAAAAAGCAGCUGCGUAUGAGGCAGAACAUGAUUUUCGCCACCAUCAAGGUGGUUAAAGGUUGGGAUCUGCCGCAAUUCAUUGCGAUCGGCGCGGAGCAGCGAAACGCCAUCCGGAAAGCCCUCAACGAAGACGCGGACAAACUGAUGGCCGAAGGCGAUCCGUCGGAUCCUCAAUUGAGGCGACUGAGACGCGAAAUGGACGAAGUCAAUCGACUGUUCGACGAGUUCGAGAAACGGGCCAGGGCCGAAGAAGAAAGCAAAAAUCAAACGAGGAUAUUUAACAACCAGAUAUCCAACUUGCAACAGACGCUGGACGAAGCGGAAAGGAUCAUCAAUCAGCGAGUACUGUCGCCGAUUCCGCGCGACAUCGACACCCUGCAACACAUGGUGCUGGAGCACAAAGAGUUCGAAUCGCGUCUUCAAAAUUUGGAACCAGAAAUCGAGCAGGUCAAGGAAACGUUCCGUUCGAUCACCCUGAAGACGCCGCAACACAAAAAAGACCUCGAGAAAGUGUUGGACAAGUGGAACUACGUGUGGAACGUCAGCAAUCUGUACAUCGAGCGUCUAAAGUGCAUGGAGAUCGUCAUCAACGGGAUGGACGACGCCUCGCAGGUGAUUUCGGAGUUCGAGAACAAACUGGCCAUGUUCAAUGACCUGCCAAAUACGGAAAAAGGCCUCAAGUCCGUCCACGACAGCCUUUUGAAGCUGGAGUCAGCGGUCGGACAGCAGCAAAUCGCGAUGGAUCAACUCAACGACGAUUUCGACAACGCCAGGAGGCUUACGGAAAAAUCGAGGCCUAAUCAGAGAGGACCCCAUUCCGAUAUCGAGAGGUUGGACAAGGAAAUUCAAAGGCUCAACGGCAGAUGGAGCAACGUCUGCUCCCAGUUGGCGGACAGGCUCAGGGGUUGCCAACAGGCGUACGAUCUGCUGAAGAAUUACAACGAGGCGAAGCAAGGCGAAGAUAAAUGGCUGGACGAGCAAUACGGCAAGCUGGAGACGAUCCAACCGGUCAAAGACAGGGCUAAAGAGCACCUCGAAGCCACCAGGAAUUUACUAAACAGCGUAGUGGAACGGACCCCCAAAAUCGAACGGGUCAACGUUAACGGUGGUAGAUUCAUCAGAGAAGGGAAGAUAUGGAGCAAGAGCGUACAAAAGUUCAGAGACGCCAUGCUCGAAGCUCAUCCGUCGUUGGACGUCAGUCUGGGAAGCGCCAGGCAUGACGCGGGUCCGUCUGGCGCGGACCUCGUCGCCAGAGAACUGGACGACUUCAAUAAUCGCUAUCAGUACUUGCUGGACGUUCUGUACGGACGCUUGCAAGAGAUCGCAAGGAUGAAUCCCAACGACAUAGUUACUUUGAGAUUGGUCGAGCAAAUCAAACCACAGCCGUUUAGGACUUUCAGAUCCGAAUUCCACAUGAGCAGUGCUAGCGAGCAAACUUCCACCUACACCACCACCACGCACUACAGCAAACAGUACAUCCAGACCAAGUCCACCCGUACCGAGAACGGUUCGACGAUCAAAAUCGAUGACCACCACCAAAACCGCUACUACGACGAAGUCGACCGGUUAGCGAACGGCCGUCCGCCCGACAAACACGCCACCCUCACCCAAAUAAUCCAAGAACCCGUUCAAAAAUGGGGCACGUCGAUGCAAUUCACUGAAAUCAAAUCGCUGAAGCGGGUGCACAAAGUGCACGAGGGCAUAGCCACCGAUUCCAUAACCGAUAUCGCGGGCAUAAUCAACCCUUACACGGGCGAACACAUGACCGUGAGGGACGCCAUAGCGGAACGCGUCUUGGACGUCAGAACGGGCAUGAUUAUAGCGUCGCCGGACGGUACCCAAAUCAGUAUUAACGAAGCGGAGCGACGCGGCCUCGUCGAACCCAAAAUAGCGGAUCGGUUACAAAGCCCUUGCGGCGUCGUAGAAGACGGGCGAGAGCUCACCCUCUUGGAAGCGAUCCAGAGGGAGAUUUACGAAGCCGAGCACCAUCACGUGGAUCCGUCCGAGAAAAAAUUAAAGGUAACGCAUUCGAUGACGAUUAAGCAAGCGAUCGAUGAUGGAAAGGUCGACGUAACGUCUGGCACGUAUAAGUUAGACGGCGGCGAAACGAUCGAUAUCGAGGAAGCGUACAAACGCGGAUACCUUCUUCAGCACACGGAAGUCAAACUGCAAACGGGCGCGUUAACGUUGACGGACGUCAUCAAUCAGGGAUUGAUCGACGACGUAACCGGCUGGGUGAUCGAUCGAAAUUCCGGUAAUAAAUAUCAAAUCGACGCCGCGGUUAAAUGUAACGUCGUCGACGGGGACACGCGGGAAAUCGUCGACCCUAAACUAGACUCGAAGGUGACGCUUUUGCAGGCGAUCGAACGCGGCAUCGUCAACCCCAAACUAGGUAAGUACGCGUACGGCCACGAGAAACUGUCGCUGCUCGAAGCGAAACGGCGUCAGCUGAUCGUCAAACCGAAAUCGCUCAAGGAAGCGGUCGACGACGGUAUCGUCGAUGCGGAAGGUAAGUUCCUUUCGCCCACGCACCACGCGAAAUUGUCGUUGCUCGACGCGGCCGCCAGAGGUGUCGUCGACGCCGACUCGCUAAAGUCCGUCUUGGACCUGCGCACCGACGAGUUGCUCACUUUGAACGACGCCCUACGCGAAGGUAUCAUUUUACCAGACGGUCGUUUCAAGAACCCCGUCACCGGAGAAGUUUUGUCUAUCCCGGAGGCGGUCGGUCGCGGUUACGUCAUAUCGGUCGUGAAAAAAUCGAUUUUCGACGUCGACGGUUUCCGACCGCCGGAAAAAACGGAUCAUAUCAGCUUUAACGCCGCGGUCGCCAAAGGAUUCGUUAGUCAGAAGAACGACGGCAGUUUGCUGGUGAACAAGAAGAGCGGCAAGUUGGUACCGUUCGCGGAAGCGGCGCGUACGGACCUGGUCAAACCGGAAGUGUACGAAAUGCUUAGCCGCGGCAUCGGUAUCUACGAAGGUAACCGGGAGCUGACGCUGUUGGAGGCCGUAUUCCGAGGCCACGUCGACCCGAAAACCGGUAACAUCCUCGACGUUAAAACGAACAAAGUGGUGUACCUGAACGAAGCAAUCGCGCGGCACCUGAUCACGCCCGAGGGCGCGGCCAUGUUGAACAGCCUGCUCAAUCUGAACGUUUCGACGAAAAUCGUUCGCACGCUGGUCCAGAGGUACGUCACCGUCACCAGUAAAGACGUCAAGCGGGAAAUCAUCACGUAUACGGAAGCGUUGAGGUCGGGAUUGAUCGAUAACGAACGGCAAACGUUUAAGGAUCCCGUUACUAACGAGGUGGUGCCUAUAGUUCAGGCGAUAAGCGAAGGAAAACUGGCGCCCGAUACGGAAAGUACCGAAACGUUUGUCGCUAUCAGUACUUCGCCCAGCACUUCGUCGACCGUCAAGAAGGAAACGCCGACCGAGCGGAAACUGUCCGAGAAACAAGUGUACGAGCUUCCGAGCGAAGGCUGGUCGGUACCGGACGCCAUCGAUCAGAAACUCUUCGACCCGGUGACCGGCCUUUUCAUAAUACCCGGCACGGAUCGGCUGGCCAGCUUCGAGGAAUGCGUGAGCCUUAAGCUCAUCAAUUCGUCAUCCGUUUUCGUUGUGGACCCGACGAGUAAGCGGAAGGUGAGCUUGUCGCGGGCUUUCGAAAAGAAACUUAUCGACUCGACCGGACAUUACGUCAUCGACAAUAAAAAGCUCACUCUCCAAGAGGCGAUCGAUCGAGGGUACGUGUUGUUCGAGGAACCGAUCAAAAGCGAAUCGUACAGUCAGAGGUUGCUGCAAAUCACUAAAAAGGACGGGGUGCCCACGAAAGUGGAGGUCUCCGCCGUGGUGGACAAGAACCCGCCGUCGUACACGGAAGUUAAAAUAUCCGACACGCCUGCGUCUCAACCGAUAGAAGUUGAACCGGGCGUGAUAUUUGAUCCGGUUAAAAACGUGGUCCUAUAUCCGGAGAAAAACGAGGCUCUCGACCUUCUCGAAGCGGUGACGGGCAAUAAAAUACCGAAGGAAAGGGUGACCGUUAAAGAUCCUAUCAGCGGUCAGAUGAUUACCGUUACGGAAGCUUUGAAACGGAACAUAGUGGACCAAGACAAGGGGACAUACAGCGACAAAAACGGCCAAAAGAUCGCGUUGAAGGACGCCGUCAAGUUCGGUAUUUUGGCAGUAGCUGGCGCCCCGGUGGCCGCAGUGACCGCAGCAGCGCGCACUGUGAAGGACCUGUACGUGGUCGAUCCCAAAACCGGUGACAAUCUCCCCGCGAAAGACGCUUUAGAAAAGGGAGUUAUCGAUUUAGCGACUUACGAGCGAACGCGAGAGGAAAUCGAUCGAAGCGCCGCCACCGGAGAGGCUUUAAAUCACGCCGUCGUGAGCACCCAGGAAAUGGAAGAACCGUCGAAGAUAAAAAUUUUAAGUACGGCAACGAUAAGUUUGGACGACGGCGAUCUACCGUCGGAGGCCGAGAAAACCCGAGCCAGAAUAACAAUCGAACCCACCUACAGGGUGAAAAUUGGACGGGCGCAGUCGUUAAGUCCCGAACGCGAGGCCAAAAAGGUCGUGCUUCAGAAAUUACGGAAAAAAGUCGUCAAACCCAAGGACGCUGUCCAGGCGGGGAUCAUAGACGCGGAAACUGCGACCAUUUUAGAAAACAAAGAAGCAUUCACCAACGACGAAGGCGAAAUGAUGACAUUGGUCGAGGCGAUAGAGUCGAAAAAAGUGGACGGCGAUAAGGGGCUGAUAGUAGAUCCUCAGAGGGGCCACCGUUUGUCAAUUAAUCAAGCUAUUUCUCGCGGUAUUUUAGAUCCCGACGGUACCAACGAAAUUCUAGUGCCUUUGAACCGUAGCCUGUCCAUUCCAGAGUUGCUAAAGCAGGGACUGAUCGAUCCCGCGAGUCAAAAAGUGGUUCAUCCGGAAACCGGCAACCAUUUAAGUAUUAGUGAGGCAAUUGUCUGUGAUAUCGUAGAUCCUUUAAGUACGCUCGUAGAAAAGACUGGUGACAAGGUGACGAUAAGCGAAGCUCUCGAUUCCGGUACUAUAGACGAUAGCAAAUCUGUAGUGGCUACUCAGAAAGGCGUCGCGAGUCUGGAGGAGGCCGUCAAAGAAAACGUGUUCCAGACACCCGAUUACGACGCUCCAAUCGAUAUACCACCUGCGGGAAUGACUUUACCCAUAGUGAUUAGACGCGGAUUGGUGGAUCCGGACAACAAAGAAAUCAUACAUCCGGUCACCAAGGAGGUGAUACCGAUAUCCGAAGCCAUAGAAAAGAACUUUAUAAUGUCAGUGCCUUUCGCCCCGAGCACCGACUCGGUCAGACUCGACGAUGCUUUGGAAGCGAGCCUUAUCAAUAUCGAUGCCGGUACUUUUAAACAUCCCAAAACUGGCGAAUUGCAUUCCGUAUCCGAGGCCGUCGAAAAAGGUUUGUUGGUGGUGAAAACACCUACCGACGUCGCGUCCUUUAGUACCACCACACCCGUGACGACAUUGACCGAGACCGUCGAUACCAUCCACACGGUGACCACCAAGACGAUCGAAAUAUUAUCGGGUUACGUUCUGUUGAGUAAAAGCGAGGUGCAAAAUUCGGAAACAGGUCAGAUUUUAUCUAUCGACGAGGCGAGGAAACAGGGAAUCGUUAAAGACGUCAGCGAGACGAAGAAUAAAACUAUCAUGAAGGACAUUAAAAUGGGCUUUUCCGAUGCGUUGAAUCGUGGUCUGGUCGAUAUGAACGCAGGUACGUUUACCGAUCCGAAAUCUGGCGAGAAAAUUCCUAUAAAAGAGGCGCUCCUACAGGGUCACUUGUCCGCAGUGCCGGCCUCCUCUGAAGAAGAAACUGUCACUACCGGUACGACUAGAGUUAGCGAGCUUAACAUCGCCGAAGCCUUUCACACCAUUUAUGACGAACAUACGCAAAAGUUCAAAGAUCCCACCGACAAAUCGAAAGAGCUUACAUUCAAGGAAGCCUUGGAAAAGGAAAUUAUCGAUCCGAACUCUAUGGUAUACGACGUUACCUCCCAGAAGCCUAUUAGCGUCGAACAGGCGAUAGAGAAGGGUUUGAUCGAUGCCGCCACUGGAAAAGUCAGGGACGAAAAAUCUGGGAAAAGCGUCGACUUCAAGGAAGCGACCAAGAAGGGACUGAUUGCUGUUCUGGGCGGUUUGUCUCUUCCCGUUGUAGCCCCGGUUUUGGCAGGCGUGGCAGCUGUCAACGCGGUUAAGGAGUACGCCGAAAAUAAGAAACAGGAAAGACAAAUCAAGGAACAAACCAAAACUUCGACCGUGCACAUCCUUAAAAAGGAAGAAUCGCUCAGUAGCGAUUUAGUUCAAAUUCUACCUCUUGGCGAUGCGAUUGCCGAUCGUUUGAUCGAGCCCAAAAUUUGCCGAAUUCUUUACCAAAACAAGGAACUUCCGUACACAGUCCAAGACGGAUUGGAUCAGAAUAAAAUCAGCAUUCUCGACGAAGUACAGGUCCUUAACAAUCACAGGGUCAUCCUUAUCGAAGUACAUAGAACGGUGACUACUACAAUUUCGAAAUACUUGACAGCGCAAAGCUUGGCUGAGUUGGGAUAUUUCGAUUUAAAAACUAGAAUGUUUGUUGAUCCCCAGACCGACACGCACGUCACGUUUGAAGAACUAAUCUACGACCUUGGAGUCAUUAACCCAGAUACGGUCUUGGUGAAAGAUUUAACGAAGAAGCCAGCUUCUUACGUAUCCCUUCACGAAGCCCUGCAGCGACCUCUAGUCGAUAGGCAUUCGGGAUACAUGGUGGACCCUAAAACCGGUAAAAAGGUGUCGUUCUUUGAGGCGGUUAAGCUUAAAUGGAUUAUAAACGUAAACGACAAACCUAAAGAAAAAUUCAAACCCAUAACCUUGCAGGAAAUUGCAAGCACCGAUCAGUUCAAUAAUGCUACUGCCGAAGUUCGUGUCGAAGAAGAGUGGAUUCCCUUACACAAGGCUUUAACUUCCAACGUUGUCGAUGCCAAAUCAGUCACCAUUCGAGAUCCGAAGAAUAUGCAAUUGGUGCCGUACUACGAAGCUGUAGAUAAGCAAUUGGUCGAUCCGCAGAGGGGCAUCGUCAUCGACACCUUUUCCCACACACAAUUGUCCUUCGUCGAUGCGUUCCUUAAAGGUUUCGUUUUAACCAUCCCCAGACCUGUUUCGUUGCAAGCUGCGAUCCACAAGGGAUUGUAUCAACCGGAAGAGUCUAAAUUUAAGGACCCUCUCACAAAACAGUUAUUGGACGUUCAAGACGCCAUUGAACGGCAUCUGGUAGACGAUAAAAUCAGCGAAAUCAAAAAUGUCAAGGAAGACGUGUUCGUUACUUUAGAAUCUGCAAUCGAUAAGAACAUGAUCGACUCGAAUAAGUUGAAAGACACCAAGUCUGGUCAAUUAGUUCUCCUUAACCAAGCCCUAGAGCAGCAAUUGAUUCGUACAAAACCGAUCGUAUUUAAUUUACUCCAAGCUAUUUUGUCCAAUUACUAUUCUCCCCAUACGGGUCUCAUUUUGAAUCCCAUAACUGGCGAAGAAAUAUCUCUGAGGCAAGCCAUCGAAUUUAAACUAAUCGACCCGGUUACCACUCGCAUCAAGGACGACAAACGUGGCCGUAUCGUAGAAAUUCACGAAGCAAUACAAACUAAUUUGAUAGACGUCGAGAAAGGUUUAUUGACCAGUCCUCUGUUAACGCUGGACCAAGCCUAUUUGAAAGGCUACGUUCUGAGCACCGUCUUGCCCUGGUCGUUGCAAGAGACAUUAGCUCAGAAAGUUUACGACCCCGCCACCGGUCAAAUUAUAUUUAACGAUACCGCCGUCACAAUCAGUCAAGCGAUCGAUAGUGGUAUCAUCAACCCUAACGUUUUAACUAUAAAAGAUCCCACGUCAGGUGAUAUUAUAACUUUGAACGAAGCCAUCCAAGCCAAAAUUAUAGACCCGAUCAAAGGACAAGCAUUCGAUCCAGUUUCAAAGGUCGAGAUGAAUUUGUGCGACGCGGAAAGCAGAGGUCUGCUUGUACCCUACAAAACUCAAAUAACCCUCCCAGAAGCGGUGUUUAAAGGUUUCUACGAUCCAGCAACCGGGAAGUUUAUUAAUCCAAAGAGCAAAGAGAGGCUAAAAACCGCGAGCGCUAUCAACAGAGGCUACGUGGAUACUUCAUCUACCUUAGUCACGAUCGACGAGGAGUUAGUUACGUUCGACCAAGCCAUUACGGAAGGUAUUAUCGAUACUAGCAGGGGAACGAUGAUUAAAUCCAACGAGCCGAUCGAUUUCAACGAGGCGUUCGAGCGCGGCCUUUUGGUGGAAAUCAGGCCUCCCGUGCCGUUGAGCGAGGCCAUCGCUAAAGGUAUCUACGACGAGGAGUCUCAGUUGUUCUUAGAUCCGCAGACCGGCCAGUACUUAACCCUAAUAGAAGCAAUAGAAAUCAGUUUGAUCGAUGCGGAAUCGGUAAGCGUGAAGGACACGCGCCUGGGAAUAUGGCGCAAGAUGUCACUCGUGGACGCCAUUCACAACAACUACGUCGACGGCAAUACGGGCAAAGUGAGGGACUUUUCCAAGGGCGAGAACUACGAGGUGUCUUUGCAAAAAGCUUUCGACUUGGGCAUCCUCGUCGACAACAAAGCGGCCAUUUCAUUGCAAAGGGCGAUCCACCAAGGACUAUACGACGAGAAUACCGGUAAAAUAUUAGACGCGAACACGGAUAGGAAGGUCACCUUGCACGAGGCCAUUCGAAAUUUCAACAUCAAUCCCCUGUUGCCGUGCUACUACGACAGGAGACGAGGCAAUCUGUACAACUUGACGGAGACUUGUCGAUUGGGUGUAAUAGACAAGCGGAACGGUACGUUCAAAGACCCGACGAGCGAUGAGGUUACGAAACUGUCCGAAGCUCUGAAUAGGGGUCUCAUUGUUGACAUCGAGUCGGCCAACUUCGGGUUGCGCGAUGCGUUGGAGAUGGGCCUCUAUAUACCCGAGGAGGGCGUCUUCGUUCAUCCCGCGACAGGCAGAAAGUACAAUCUCAAGGAAGCCUGCGAGAACGAGUUGAUCAAUCCCGUCUCCUCGUUGAUUAAGAAUUCCAAGCUCAACAAGUACGUGCAAUUGCCGAUCGCCGUGGAGACAAAAUUAAUAGACGACGAACUGUGCAGCUAUAUCUUCCCGCACGGUAAAACGAUCGAUCUUUUGGAAGCCAAAAAUAAAGGACUUAUCGUGACCGCGAAAACGCCGCUGACCCUAGAGGAGGCUAUCGGGAAUUGCCUCUACAGACCCGAUUCGGGCAAGUUCGCCGAUCCUGUAAACGGCGAGUUUUACGACAUCUCGCAAGCGCUCGCCAAUACGUUCAUUGAUCCGCGAACUACCGCGUUGAAAGAUCCGACCGGUUACUCCGUCCGAUCGUUGUCCGCGGCCAUUCGCGACGGCAAAAUCGACGUCGAAAAGGGGCGGGUCCUCGAUUCGAAAUCGAAAAAGACUUAUAACUUCGACGAUGCCUUCAGGAAGGGACUGUUGGUGACGUUGGACAAGCCUUUGGCGGAGGAAGUCGUCGAGAAAAACGAGGUAAGUUCGGUAGCGUCCUCGAAACCGCGGUCUUGCACUCUAGACGAGGCGAUCAAGUUCGAAUUGCUGGACCCGAGCGUCGCCGUAGUCAAAGAUCUGCGAACGGGUAAGUACAAAAGUGUCGCGGACGCUAUCAGGGACGAGGAGUUGAGCGUCACCAAAACGAUCAUCUUCGAAAGCGUCACCGAUCGAGUCAAGUCGUUGGUUGUCACUUACGAUCAGGGUACGUCGAUAUAUUUGAGACAACCGGUCACUUUUAACGACGCUGUCGAAUUCGGGUACUUGGACGUUAACACCGGCAAGUACGCGGACAACGAGGCCGGCGAAGCGCUGACGCUGAAAGAGUCGAUCACCCUCGGUUACGUCGAUCCCGAUACCGUUCUCAUAAAAGACGUAAACAAAAAGAAACUCGUAAAACUUCCCGAAGGCUUUAGAAAGGGCCUGAUAGACGCGGAGAAAGGGAACGUAUUGGACACGUCCACCUCCAAGUUGUACGCCCUCAAAGCGGCCCUCGAGACCGGACUUUUGGUAACUCCGAACGCAGGGUUCAGCGUCAUAGACGCUAUCGCUUACGGCUUGUACAAUCCUACGACCGGUCGCUUUAACGACCCGUUCGUUACGACUAACAUAAUAGAUCGAAAGAAAUUGACCUUGAACGAAGCGAUCGACGAGAAUUUGGUAGAUCCAAGCACUACCGUGAUUAAGGACCCCGAAAGCGGCAACAUCGUGCCGUUAUUGCAAAGCGUCGAAAUGAAGAUUACGGAUCCGGUCGCGGGCAGGAUCGUCGACGUCACCGAGAAAAAGGAGUACGAUUUCGCCAAAGCCCUCGAGAAGGGUUUGAUUUUGCCUGCCCGACAACGGCAAGCGGUCGAGGAAAAAUACAAGCUGUGCGACGAAACGCUGUCCAAAUUGCUCCGUUGGAUCGGCGAGGUCGAGGAUAAAAUCGCCUCUCAAGACGUCAUUCACGAGAUCGAAGAAGAACUCAGGAAUCAAAUAAACGCGGUGAAACAGAUCAGAGACGAUUUGGAUCAGCAUUCCACUCAGGUCGCGCACUGCGGAGACCAAGUCAGGCAGUUGGUGCUGACCGCCGGCGACAUCUUGUCCAAGAGCGAAGUGUCCGGUUUGGAGAAGAGCGCGCGCAAUCUGAAGACGCGUUUCGACAAGGCCGCCGAUCGUACCGAGAAACUUUUGAGGAAGCUGUUGAGCGCCAGAGACGAACUGGCCAAACUUAACGGGGAGCUUAACGUAUUCUCGACGUGGUUGGGUAAAGCGAGACGGCUAUUGGAGGACAAGGAAAGGGCCGUCAGCGAUUUGGACCGGCUGGGUGCCAGCGCCGAUAGCACCAAAGAAUUCGUCAGUGACGUCAUCGCGCAUCAGGCCGACCUCAGGUUUAUCACCAUGUCCGCGCAGAAGUUCGUCGAUGAAGGAAAGGAAUAUUUGAACAUACUAAACGACUUCCGAACUUCUCUACCAUCUCGGUUGCCCCACAUUGAACCUAUCUCGUCGCAAGAGUCUCCGGUGCGCAGCGAGGUUUCUCUGGUGACACAGCAGUACCGCGACCUUCUGCACCGCGCCAACAACUUAUCUGAUCGAUUGUCCGGAGUCGGAGGCCGUCAAAGGGAAUACUCGGAUGCAUUGGACAAAGCCAGGACGUGGCUCAAAGAUGCCGAGUCCCGCGCCAACAAGUUGCUCAACGAACCGAUCGGAGGUGAUCCCAAAACCGUCGAAGAACAACUCCAGAAAGCGAAAGCGCUGAAUAACGAAUUCGUCGCUAACGGCAAGCUCGUAGACAACGCCAAACAGGCCACCGUGUCACUUCUGCGUUCUCUCGAGGGUCAGAUAUCCCCGUCGGAAAUCCACCGGUUGGAAGAACCCGUGCAGAAUCUCGAAAACAAGUACAACCAAUUGAGUAACGCGAUCGUUAACCGCUGCCAGGAAUUGGAUACCGCCCUGAUUCAAUCGCAGGGGGUGCAAGACGCGUUGGACGGUAUCAUCGAUUGGCUCAACCAAGCGGAAAACCAAUUCAAAAACAUGCAAAGGCCCGCCUCUCUCGUCCAGGAGCGUCUCGACGAGCAGCUGCGCGAACAUCGCGCCUUCCAAUCCGACAUCGACACUCACAUCUCCUCCAUCGAUUCCGUAUACAUGUCCGCCAACGAGCUGAUCGUCUCCACUAGCAACGCUAGGGUGGCCAAAAAGAUCGAGGGUAAAUUGAAUGACGUCAAGACCCGAUUCGAAAAACUGUUCGACCGUGUUCAAAAUCGGGGCGUGUUCCUGGGCGAGAUCAACAGGGAUUUGGUAGCGUUUAACAACCAAGCGGCCAAGUUCGACAAGUGGUACCGCGAAAUCAUGGAGAUAAUCGAGUCGCGGGAUCUGGCCAAAAUGCCGAACGAGCAGUACAAGGCUCAGAUGAAAGAGAUCGCGCGAAACCGGGACGACAACCGAGCGUUGUUCGAAGAAGUGGUGGGGAUCGGGAAGGAGUUGUUGAACAAACGCGACGUCACCGACACGAGCAACGUCAGAGAAAAGGUGAAGUCGAUGGAGACCCAGUGGAAAGAUCUGGAGAACCUAAUGGACGAGAAGACCAAACUGUCCAAGUUGAGGCACGAGCAGCAGAACGCUUACGAGACGCUGAAGGAGCAAGUGUUGGAUUGGCUGAGCAGGAUGGAAACGAAGAUAACACGUUUGGAUACCGUUGCCAUACACCUCGACACGCUCAAGAAGCAAAACGACGAGCUUAAACCGAUCGCCAAGGAGUACAAAGAUUAUUCCUCCACGGUGGAUAAGGUUAACGACGUCGGAACGGCCUACGACAAUUUAACGCGCGGCGAUAGACCCGAUUCUCCGUCUAGGCGCAAAGGUUACGGCCCGAACAAACGAAUAUCCGGAAGGCGGCCGUCCCAAGAUGGCCGUUCGCCGUCACCCACUAAGGGACUCGGUCCUCUAUCCCCCGGAGCCUCCAGCGGAUUUUCGUCGCGCAGGUCUAGCCAAGACGGCUUCCAUCUGGAAGAUCUGUCUCCGGUGCAGCAGCAGUUAUCCGAGAUCAAUAAUCGAUACUCUAUGCUGGGCGUGAAGAUAAACGACAGGCAGAACGAAAUCGACUCGGUCAGAGAAGAACUCAAAAAGUAUUUGGACAAUUUGAGAACGUUGAGCGCGUUCUUAGACAAAAUUCAACGUCAGCUGCCGAAAGACAGCGUCCCGAACUCGAAAGACGAAGCGGACAAACUCAAUAGGCAGAUCAAAUCGGUGCUGGAGGAAAUGUACGAGAAGCAGUCGCUGCUCGAUUCCACGAAAAGCCAAGUGAAGGAUCUGCUGAAGCGAAAACUCGGAGCAAUCGGUGCCGAUAAUCUAAACGAUGAACUGGAAGACGUCGUAUCCCACUGGAAAAAUCUCAGCGACCACCUGAAGAAUCGUAUUAAAUUCAUGGAGGACAUGAAGGAAUUCCACGACACCCACGACUCGUUGUCUUCAUGGCUCGGAGCCAAGGAAAGGAUGCUAACGGUGCUCGGACCGAUAUCCAGCGACAGCCGAAUGGUGCAGUCCCAAGUACAGCAGGUUCAGGUGUUGCGCGAGGAGUUCCGUUCGCAACAGCCGCAACUUCAGCAUUUUAUCAACGUCGGCGAUAAUGUGUUAUCUUACCUCGAACCCGGGUCGUCCGAUCAUCAGAAAAUCAAUAACAAACUCACCGCCGUCCAACAAAAAUGGGCCGAUCUGCUCGGCAAGCUCGAAGAACGUGCGGACUCUCUCGGUGCGGCCGCGGAUACCAGUAGGGAGUUUGACGCUCAACUGACCCGGCUCCGGGACGCGCUGCAGGGUAUAUCGGAUAAUUUGGAGGAGGUUUCCUUCGAAAAGGAUCCGGAAGAACAAUUGAGAAAAGUCGAAAACCUCGAAAGACAACUCGAAGGGCAGAGACCUCUGUUGGCCGAUCUGGAAGCGAACGGUGCGCAGUUGUGUGAAGUGUUGAGCGACCCCGCGUCCAGGGCGGACAUCCAAAGUAAAUUGGCGUCCGUGGGACGACAAUACAACGCGCUUCAAAAGAAACUGGACUUGAAGAAAGCGGAGAUCGAGGGCUCCCUGAGGGACGGAAGACAAUUCGAGGAAUCCUGCUCCAAAACUCUGGGCUGGCUGUCGGACGAGCUCGGCUCUUUAACGGAAAAGCUUCUCAUAUCCGCCAUAAGGGACGUUCUCGAGCAACAGCUGGGGCAGCACGAACCCGUUUACAGGGAUGUCUUGGCCAGAGAGCACGAGGUGAUUAUGCUGCUGAACAAGGGCAGAGACAUAAUCGGGCGCAGUACCAAAGCGGACACUCGGUCCCUUCAAAGGGACAUCGACAAAAUCCAGCAGACGUGGGACAAAUUGCGCAAGGAGGUCGUCGACAGACACACCAGACUGCAGACGUGUAAGGAACAUUGCCGCAAGUAUUACCAGGCUUUAGAAACUUUCCUGCCGUGGCUGAGGCAAGCGGAGGAUAAACUCGACUCGUUGAAACCCGUGUCGUUCCGAAGGAAGCACAUCGCCGCCCAACUCAAGGAGUUGCAAAACUUCAGAAACGAGGUGUGGAAAAAAUCGGGCGAGUAUGAAAACGCGAGGGCCCUGGGCGAGAACUUCGUCUCCGCCUGCGACAUCGACAAGGAUGUGGUGAAAAACGAGCUGCAGGAACUGAAAGAACGCUGGGAUAAACUCAAUAACGAUCUAAUUUUGAGAACGCAAGCGUUGGAAGAUCAGUCCAGGAAACUGGGCGACUUCAACGAGAACCUGAGAGAUCUGAAUCACGGCCUGGAACGCUGCGAGGAUAAGUUGGCGUCCCACGACGCCUUGGGCGGCGCCUCGCGGGAUCCCAAACUUUUGGACAGUAUAAAAUCGCUGAAAGACGAGACGGCGAGGUUGCGCGAACCGUUCCAGACUCUGCGCAACCGGGCCGCCGAUUUGUGCCACGAAGCGUCGGAGAACGGCAUCGACGCUGACCAUCUCAAAGACGAAGUCGAAAGUAUCGGAGAUCGUAUCGACGAUCUGCAGGGUAAACUGGACGACCGGUGUUCGGAACUGCAAUCCGCCGCCACCGCCGUGACUCAGUUCAACGAAAAGGUCAAAGUACUUACUCACGACCUUUCCGCGCUCGAGUCCGAGCUGGACAACAUGAAACCCCCCGGCAGAGACGUCAAAACUGUCAACCUUCAAAUCGACGACGUCAACAAACUCAUCAACAAAAUCAACAAGGCCACUGCCGACGUCAACGACGCCAUACAAUCCGGCGAGCGUUUGGUCGAUAGCGGAUUCGCUCCGGACACGGCGCAGACUCGUCAACAAGUCGACGCGUUGAAGAAGCAACUCGGCAAAUUGGACGAUCGCGCUCGCGCCAGGGAAAAAGACCUGGAAGCGACGCUCAAGAAGUUGGAGGACUUCUAUAUGUCCCACGCCGGCGUCCUGGACGAUAUCAAAGACGCCGGCGAGAAAGUGCGCGGUCUUAAACCCGUCGGCUCGGAGGUGGACACCAUAAGGGCCCAGCAGGCCGACUUUAAAAAAUUCCGAGGGAAUACGAUCGAACCUCUCAACAAGAACGUCGAUCGGUGCAACAAAUUCGGUCAGGGACUGAUCCAGUCCGCCGCGUCCGGCGUGAACACUCAAAAUCUGGAAAAGGAUUUAGAAAAAAUGAACGACCAGUGGAAUACGUUGAAGGAGAGGAUCAACGACCGCGAGAGGAAACUCGACAUCGGACUGCUGCAGUCCGGCAAAUUCCAGGAAGCCCUGGACGGUCUCGCCAAGUGGUUGUCCGACACCGAAGAGCUGGUGGCCAAUCAGAAGCCGCCGUCCGCUGACUACAAGGUGGUCAAAGCGCAGCUGCAGGAGCAGAAGUUCCUGAAGAAGAUGUUGUUGGACCGCCAGGGUUCGAUGUCGUCUUUGUACGCGAUGGGCAACGAGAUCGCGAAGGAGGCGGACCCGGCCGAACGCAAACCCAUCGAGAAGCAACUGAAAAGUCUCGUGGCGCGUUUCGACGCUUUGACGCAAGGCGCGCAACGGCGCACCCUCGACCUUGAACAUGCGAUGAAAGUGGCCAAGGAGUUCCAAGACAAGCUCGUACCCCUGCAAGAUUGGCUGGAAAGGACCGAGAAGAAAGUUAGGGAUAUGGAACUCGUUCCGACGGAGGAGGAGAAAAUCCAGCAGAGGAUACGUGAACACGACGUCCUGCACAACGACAUCUUGGGCAAGAAACCCGAUUUUAGGGAAUUAACUGACAUAGCGUCGAAACUGAUGUCGCUAGUGGGCGAGGACGAGGCGUCAGGCUUGGCCGAUAAGCUCCAAGAGGUCACCGACCGUUACGGCAAUCUGGUAGAAGCCAGCGAGCAAGUGGGUCAGCUGUUGACCGCGUGCAGGCAAGGUUUGAGGCAUCUCGUGUUGACCUACCAAGAUCUCGCCGCUUGGAUGGACUCGAUGGAGCAAAGAUUGGGGCGUUACAAGGUGCUCGCGGUCCACACCGACCGUUUGCUCGAACAAAUGGACGACUUGACGUCGCUGACUGAAGAUAUCGCCGGUCGGCAAGCGGACGUCGACGGCACCGUCGACGCGGGCGUCGAACUGAUGCGGCAUAUUUCGUCGGACGAAGCGCUCCAAUUGAAAGACAAACUGGAUUCGCUGCAGCGCCGCUACAACGAGCUGACGUCGCGGGGGGCGGAGCUUCUCAAGAACGCCGAAACCAUAUUGCCGCUGGUGCAAAAGUUCCACAAGAACCAUAACCAUUUGGUGGAAUGGAUGCAAGGCGCCGAAGGUAUUCUGCAAUCCGCCGAACCCAACGAGGCGGACAUCGCGCGCUUGGAAAUCGAUUUGCAAGAAAUGAGGGCGGUGCUCGAGUCGGUUAACAUUUUGGGACCGCAAUUGUGUCAGGCUAGUCCGGGUGAGGGAGCUUCCACGAUCGAAGGUCUCGUGGCUCGCGACAAUAGAAGAUUCGACGCUAUCGCCGAGCAAAUCCAGCGACGCGCCGAGCGGAUCCACUUGGGCAAGCAGAGAGCGUUGGAAGUGACGGGAGAUAUCGACGAGCUGUUGGAGUGGUUCCGCGAGGCCGAAGGUCAGAUCAGGGACGCGGAGAAGCCCUCCGCGGAACCUGACUUGAUUCGAGUUCAAUUGAAAGAACACAGAGCCCUGAACGACGACAUCUCGAGUCAGAAGGGUCGGGUACGCGACGUUUUAUCGACGGCGAAGAAAGUUUUGCGGGAGAGCCCGCCCAGCGACGACACCACGUUGAUCCGCGAGAAGAUGGAAGACCUGCGCGACGUCAUGGACGUUGUGUCGGCACUCGGCGCCGACAGGUUGGGCGUCCUGGAACAGGCCCUACCUCUGGCCGAGCAUUUCAACGAUACCCACGUCGGUUUGGCCAAUUGGUUGGCGGAUAUGGAGGAGCAGGUGUCGAUGCUUUCGAUGCCCGCCCUCAGACCGGACGCCAUCGCUCAGCAGCAAGAUCGCAACGAGAUGUUCCUGCAGUCCAUUAACGAACACAAACCGCUGAUCGACAAGCUGAACAAGACCGGCGAGGCGCUGAUCCGUCUGUGCAACGAAGACGACGGAGCCAAGGUGCAAGAACUGCUCGACGGCGACAACGCGCGAUACGCCGCUCUGAAGCUCGAGCUCAGGGAACGUCAGCAGGCGCUCGAACAGGCUAUGCAGGAGAGCUCCCAGUUCUCGGACAAGUUGGAGGGCAUGUUGCGGGCUUUGUCCAACACGGCGGAUCAAGUGAACAACUUGGAGCCGAUAUCCGCGCACGUGCCCAAAAUCCGCGAUCAGAUCGAAGACAACGAGGGCCUGAUCGGCGAUUUGAAUAAACGUAAGGAGGCGUACGCGGCGGUGCAAAGGGCGGCCGACGACGUCAUCCACAAAGCGGGCAAUAGGGCCGACCCCGCCGUGAAAGACAUCAAACGUAAACUCGACAAGCUGAAGAAUCUGUGGGACGAGGUGCAAAAGGCGACCAAAAAUCGAGGCACGUCGCUGGAUAACGCUCUGGACGCGGCCCAGAAAUUCUGGAAGGAAUUGCACGCCGUCAUGGCCACUCUCAAGGAACUCGAGGACUCUCUGGUCAGUCAAGAACCGCCCGCGGUCGAACCCAAAGCCAUACAGGAACAACAGGUGGCGUUACAAGAGAUCCGUCAAGAAAUCGACCAGACCAAACCCGAAGUCGACCAAGUGAGGUCUUCAGGGCAGAAAUUGAUGCGGUUGUGCGGCGAACCGGACAAACCGGAAGUGAAGAAACACAUCGAAGAUCUGGACAACGCGUGGGAUAAUAUUACAGCGCUUUACGCGAAACGGGAAGAGAACCUUAUCGAUGCCAUGGAGAAAGCAAUGGAGUUCCACGAAACUUUGCAGAAUUUGCUCGACUUUCUGGACAAGGCGGAGAGGAAGUUCGAGAAAAUGGGUCCUCUGGGGGCCGACAUUGCUACCGUCAAGAAGCAGAUCGAUCAACUCAAAACGUUCAAGGCCGAAGUCGACCCUCACAUGGUUAAAGUAGAGGCCCUGAAUAGGAGUCUCUUAAGGCAAGCUCACGAGUUAACUGAACGGACGUCGGCCGAUCAGGCCGCCUCCAUCAAAGAACCGCUAUUGGCGGUGAACAAACGCUGGGACGAUUUGCUGAGGGGCAUGGUGGAGAGGCAGAGGCAGCUCGAGAACGCGUUGCUUCGUCUGGGUCAGUUCCAGCACGCCCUAAACGAAUUACUGGUUUGGAUUUCGAAAACGGACAAGACUCUGGACGAGCUCAAACCCGUAGCGGGAGACGCCCAAAUUUUGGAAGUCGAACUGGCAAAGCUAAAGGUCGUCAUCAACGAUAUACAGGCUCAUCAGACCAGCGUGGAUACUCUGAACGACGCCGGAAGGCAGAUCAUCGAAAGCGGCGAAGACGAAUCGUCAGCCACCCAGGACAAACUCAACACCCUCAACACCCACUGGCGUUCCCUGAUGCAGAAGGCGGCCGAUCGUCAACGGGAACUAGAAGACGCCCUAGCCGACGCUCAACGUUUCAACGCGGAAAUCCAAGACCUGUUGUCUUGGUUGAGCGAAGUGGACGGUAUUAUCGCGGCGUCUAAACCCGUCGGAGGUUUACCCGAGACCGCUUCCGAACAAUUGGAGCGAUUCAUGGAAAUUUACAACGAAAUCGAGGAGAACCGGCCCAAAGUCGAAACGGUGCUGAGCCAGGGGCAAGAGUACUUGAAAAAGGGCGCCAAUACCGCGUCGAAUUUGCAGCAUAACCUGCGCACGCUGAAGCAGCGCUGGGACUCGGUCACCGCUAGGGCCAACGACAAGAAAAUCAAACUUGAAAUCGCGCUCAAAGAAGCCACCGAGUUCCACGAGUCGCUGCAAGCGUUCGUCGAUUGGCUGACCAACGCCGAGAAGAUUUUGUCCAACCUCAAGCCGGUGUCGAGGGUUUUGGAAACGGUCCAGGGCCAAAUCGAGGAACACAAGAUUUUCCAGAAAGACGUGGGCGCCCAUCGCGAAAUUAUGCUCGCCCUGGAUAAAAAGGGCACCCAUCUGAAGUACUUCAGCCAGAAACAGGACGUCAUACUGAUCAAGAAUCUUCUCAUCAGCGUUCAGCACAGAUGGGAACGGGUCGCGUCGAAAUCUGCGGAGAGAACGAGGGCUUUGGACCUCGGCUACAAGGAAGCGAAAGAGUUCCACGACUCUUGGUCCGGUUUGAUGAAUUGGCUGGACGAAACCGAACAUUCUCUCGACGAACUACGCGCCGACUCGGUCGGCAACAAUCCGGAACAGAUCAAGGCGCGCUUGAACAAACAUCAAGAGUUUCAACGGGCGUUGUCCGCCAAACAGGCCACUUACGAUAACGUCAUGAAGAACGGCAAGCAAUUGAAGGACAAAGCGCCCAAAACCGACGAGCACGCCAUCAAGCAAAUGCUGACGGAUUUGAAAAACAAAUGGACUUCGGUGUGCAACAAGAGCGUCGAAAGACAGAGGAAGCUCGAAGAGGCCCUGUUGUAUUCCGGUCAGUUCAAAGACGCCGUCGUCGCCCUCAUGGAUUGGCUCAGGAAGGCGGAAAAGGAGUUGUCGCAAGACGUCCCCGUCCACGGCGAUUUGGAUACGGUCAAUCACUUGGUGGACCUUCAUCGACAGUUCGAGAAGGAACUGGAGAAAAGAAACGAUCAAAUGGAAUCGGUCAUCCGCAACGGGCAAGAGCUCGAAAGGACGGCGAGCAAAUCCGACGCGGCUCAAAUCAGACGGCAGCUCACCGACCUCACCCAGCUUUGGGAGACGGUCACCGGGCUCACCCAUCUCAAGACCGACAGAUUGCGGGACGCGCUCAAGGAAGCCGAGAAGCUUCACAAGUCGGUCAACAUGAUACUCGACUGGCUGUCCGACGCGGAAAUGAAGUUGCGUUUCGUGGGCAACGCUCCCCAAGACGAAGCGGCCGCCUACGAGCAGCUCAAAGCGUUGGACGAGUUCCGCGCUCAACUCAACGAGAAGGAAAUCGAAAAAGAUCAGACGUUGGAGCUCGCCCACAGCAUUCUGGGCAAAGCGCAUCCCGACUCCAUCACCGUCAUCAAAAAUUGGAUAAAGGUGAUUCAAUCCAGGUGGGAGGAGGUGUCCCAAUGGGCGUUGCAACGCCACCAGAAACUCUCCGGUCAUAUGCAAUCGUUGCGCGACCUGGACGAGUCGCUGGAGGAGCUGAUCCAAUGGCUGUUGGGUUUAGAAAACACCCUUAUCGCGUUGAAGAGGGAAGAAUUACCGAUGGACAUUCCCGCUACCGAGCAACUCAUCGCCGACCAUAAGGAGUUUAUGGAGAAUACCCAGAAGCGGCAAUCGGAGGUGGACAGGGUGUGCAAGGCUCGGCAAGUGAAACCCGCGCAAAUCCCGAAGGACGUGAAAAAGUUCGGCAAAGGCAAGGGGCCCAUCCGGGGAUCACAGCACGACGUUCACGAGCCAUCGGCCGAUCACGGUGCACUAGGUCGCAGGCCAAGCCGCUCGAGUCCAGGCCGUGAACUUAGUCCGGACCUGCAAUUGCCUCAUGUCGGGCCAAGAUUCCCGCCAUCCGGAAGCGAGCCAGAGUUCAGCGCUCCGAGGGUUAAGUUCUUGUACGACAAGUGGAGGCACGUGUGGGUCCUGUCGUGGGAACGGCAGAGGGAGCUUUACGAUCAUUUGGCGUAUCUGAAGGAGAAGGAGAAGGCGGACAACUUCUCUUGGGACGACUGGAGGAAACGGUUCCUCAAAUUCAUGAACUAUAAGAAGUCCAGGCUGACGGACCUGUUUAGAAAGAUGGACAAGGACAACAACGAGCUAAUACCGAGAGAAGAUUUCAUCGACGGAAUCAUUAGAACCAAAUUCGACACGUCCCGUUUGGAAAUGAAACACGUGGCGGACAUGUUCGACGAAAACAACAGAGGUCUGAUAGAUUGGAAGAAGUUCAUAGCCGCGUUGAGGCCCGAUUGGGAGGAAAAAGCGCCGGACAACGAUGCGCAGAAAAUUCACGACGAGGUCAAGCGUCUCGUCAUGCUGUGCACGUGCCGGCAGAAGUUUAGGGUGUUCCAAGUGGGCGAAGGCAAAUACAGGUUCGGUGACAGUCAGAAGCUUCGGCUCGUACGUAUACUGCGCAGUACCGUCAUGGUACGCGUCGGCGGCGGCUGGGUGGCCCUCGACGAAUUCCUGUUGAAAAACGAUCCGUGCCGAGCAAAGGGCCGCACUAACAUUGAGCUGCGCGAGCAAUUCAUACUGGCCGACGGAGUCUCGCAGACUAUGACUGCGUUCAAAAGCAAGCGGUCGUCGGCAAGUCCCACAUCCGGUUCCUCCGCAUCUUCACUCCGCACCCCUCAAGGGCCAAUCACCAAGGUCCGGGAAAGAUCGCAGCGGUCGGUGCCGAUGGGAAUGGGCAGUCUGCCGAGAACAUCGAAGAGCUCAUUGUCGGCCGGUACUCCAGACUCGUUGAGCGAUAACGAAGGCGGUUUCCGAACACCCAGAAAACCGUCGUAUAGGUCGGCGUUGACACCCGGAGGGUCGAGGAGUAAUUCCAGACCCACUUCCCGUACGGGCAGCAGACCUGGUAGCAAGCCACCGUCUAGGCACGGAUCUAAUUUGUCUUUGGACAGUACAGACGAUACACCCUCGAGAAUACCCAGAAAGACGCCCACGUCUUCCGGACGGAGCUCCGCCCUUUCGACUGCUCGUAAGACCACCUUCAACGGGACCAGUUCAAGACCGCGGACUCCUAGCGGUUUGAGGUCUCCGGCUAGCCCGGCUCCACGAUCGUCCGGGAUACCUAGAGCUUCGAGCAUACCAACCUUAACCGGAAUUAACUCGCCAAGGUCUCGCAUACCAAUUUACAAAGGAUCAAGUAGAGAUGAGCCAGAAUCUCCGUCUACGUCGAGUUCUUGCUCUAUAUCAUUUUCUUCUGGCGGCAAAUCUACUGCCAGUAGGUCGAGCAAGUCAAAGAUACCUCUCCUGAAGAGGAGCGCCAGUACCACCAAAGUAAGGCAAGUGACCAUUGGCGUCGCUCCCACAUUAAGGACCGCUUCUAGGACAAGGACCCCAUCCGGAUCAAACACUCCCGUCCAUCCGGAUCAGCAAACUGCCGUUCAGCGUUUGCUGAGACGUUCGUCCGGGGCGUCGGACACGCCCACCGGACAAGCGAGGAAAAAGUCAUCGUCGAUCGAGAAUAGGGAGCCCUUUAGGUUGUAACGGUUUAGAUAGAAUUAUUUAACUUAUUUCGACUUAACAAUGACUGACAUAAGUUAUAGCUUCGUAUAUUCUAAACGGAAUUGUUCAUAUUUUUGUAAAGAAAUAAUUUACGGUGCUUUUUCAAUUAGCGAUAAUCGCCAGUUUCGCUAGUUGGAGACGCGGGAAUUGUGUUAUACGGCGUUGUCAAUGUUGCACGAUUUACACCUAAUUUUUUUAUACACCGUUUUGUCAAGUUUUGUAAAUUUCGCUGCCAUAUAGUUAAAAUGCGUUUUUUUUAUUUAUCGGGAUCGAACGAUUGAAAAAGAAAAUUUUGAUUUCAAAUUUGUAUGUAUAUUUGGUUAUAAUAGGAAAGGGACCAUUUAGUUGUUUUUACCUAGUUUACGGACCUUACUAAUUCGGCUAACCUCUGCUUUAAUCAUUACGUUAAGUUAAAAUUAAUUCUCCUUUUUUUUUGUAUACAUUCUUUUCAGUGCUACCAAAAACGUAACCGUUUCGAAAGUGUGAUUACCAGUUUGUUAAUUCCGUUUAAAUUGCCGUUUUAUAAUCGCCAGUGUAAAGCGUCAACUUAAACGUAUUUAUGUACGCUUUUGUAUUAUUUAACUAUUGUUAAUAAAACUAAAUUUUAUUAAA